CUGCAGCUGCGGGAGACCGUCCUGCAGCAGAAGGAGACCAUCGGGAACCAGCGGGAGGCCAUCCGGGAGCUCACCGGCAAGCUGAGCCGCUGCGAGAGCGCCGACGGCAAGUCCGCUACGGGGACGUGGAAGAAGGAGCUGGGCAAGGGCAAGGACACCAUGGGCGAUCUGCCGCGGGACCCGGCGCAGGUCAUCGACCAGCUGAGCCGCACCAUGCAGACCCUGAAGGACCGGCUGGAGAGCCUGGAGCACCAACUCCGAGCCAACGUGUCGUAUGCAGCACUACCUAACGACCUUAGAGAGAUGCUUCAACGGAGGCUUGGAGACCUGGAACGCCAGCUGCUGAGCAAAGUGGCCGAGCUUGAGGAUGAAAAGUCUUUGCUUCAUAACGAGACGUCAGCCCAUCGGCAAAAGACGGAGACAGCCUUGAAUGCAUUGCUAGAAAGAGUCUCUGAAUUAGAAAAAGGUAACAGUGCAUUUAAGUCACCUGAUGAAUUCAAAGUCUCCCUUCCUCUUCGCACAAACUACUUAUAUGGGAAGAUCAAGAAGACUCUUCCAGAGCUAUAUGCUUUUACUGUAUGCUUGUGGUUGAGAUCAACUGCUUCUCCUGGAAUUGGCACUCCAUUCUCCUAUGCUGUUCCUGGGCAGGCUAAUGAAAUUGUCCUCAUAGAAUGGGGGAAUAAUCCAAUUGAACUGCUCAUUAAUGAUAAGGUUGCUCAGCUCCCUCUCUUCAUUAGUGAUGGAAAAUGGCAUCAUAUCUGUAUAACAUGGACAACCAGAGAUGGAAUGUGGGAGGCUUUUCAGGAUGGAGAGAAGCUUGGCACUGGGGAGAAUCUUGCUCCUUGGCACCCAAUUAAACCUGGAGGUGUCUUGAUCCUGGGUCAGGAACAGGACACAGUAGGAGGAAGAUUUGAUGCUACUCAAGCCUUCGUUGGGGAGAUGAGCCAGUUCAAUAUAUGGGACAGGGUCUUAAAAGCUGAAGACAUCAUGAAUAUUGCUAACUGCUCUACCAACAUGCCUGGCAACAUCAUACCCUGGGUUGAUAACAACGUUGAUGUGUUUGGAGGUGCUACUAAAUGG